CAAACUCUCUUUCUCCAUCUAAAACAAGAGAACACUCGAGCGAGAUCUAGGGAUGGGGUGCGACUCCCACGGCAAUCUAACCGAUGCAGAGUUUAGCAAACCGUUACCCUCCAUAGGUAUCUACGUAGCUACUGCUUCACUUAUCUGUGGAGUCUCCAUGUUCACCGAUCUUCUACACGGCUUCCUCCACCGUAAAUACUGGUUCCCCUGCAAGUUCUUCUCCCUCAACGCCACCACUCUCACUUUCAUCUCCGUCUGCGUCAAACUCUCUUUGGAUCUCAACACUCCCAUGCCUAGUCGCCAAGAUCAGCUCGCCAAACUCAGCAGCAGCGUCUUCUUCUGCGUCGUGAUGGCUAACUCCAUGCCUUCUCUAGGUUUCAUGGUCACUCAAGACCUCCUCAUGAACCUCGUGGCUCUUGGGAUUCUUGUCAUCACCGACGUUGUCAACAUCUGUAUCCAGUUAGGCACAGGUGCCAUAUACGUUUUCCCUCAAGAGCACGCUCUCGUCAUCGUUCUCAUGAUUCUCAUGUUUAUGAUCUUGACCUUCUCGGCGAUCACGAUUCCCACCACAAAGCGUUACUUGGAGCUCAAGUAUAAGAAAAAGUACGAGUUUGCUUUGAAGCAGUGUCCUUCUUACACUGAGAGGAGAAAGGGAGUUCCUAAGCUUAGAGAGGAUCUGAUGAAGUUCUGGAUGAUGGCUCAUACUUCUAGCCCUCAGUUCGUGAUGGCUCGCUCUGUCACUUGCACCACCUCUGGUUUCCUCUGUUUCUUGAGUGCGGUGACUCUUGCUGAAGCUAUGGUUAGGUCUUACUUUCUACAUCCAAACUCACUUGGGUUCUGUAAUGGUGAGUCUGAUUACAAAUGGUCAACCACUCUGGUUCUAGUCUCUCAGGGAGCUUCAAUAGCCAUAGGGACGGUCGCUCCAGCGAGCAGAUGGUUUAGUGCAGUGAACUUGAGGUGUCCAUCAAGAGGAGCAAAGAAAGGUUUGAGAGAUGAGAUGAGAGUAGAGAGUUAUUGGUUUGAGUGUCUCUCCGAGAAGAAAGAACGUCCCUUGAACCUUUGGAUGCUCCAUGGUCGCCGCAGCAGGAAGCUUGCACACGACGUAAACCGAUGGAUACUUGAUGUAUGCAUUGCAACGCAACAUGGGUUAGUGUUGGCUAGCAAGUUUCUUCGUUUUGUCACUGUUUACUUUGUGCGUAGAAUCUUGCUAUGUUGUUUAUUUCUCACCUUCAAAUGUGAGACUGUCUCAAACGCUGAGUCUUCGUCUUCGUCUUCCUCUCCAUCAACGAGAGAAUUUGUUCUGCAUCUUGAAGGAGAGGAGGAGCUGGUUGAUUACAUGGCACGGAGCAACCGCGAGGCCACGGAACACUUGAUACAAAAGGGUCGGAAACAGCAACCUGUAAACUUGAUAGAGCUCUUGGAGGCAACAACUUCAAUCCCAAAAGGGUUUGAAGGGAUUUGGGAUUUUGACAGCGAUGAGGUCGCUUCAUUAGCCUCUGGAGAGCCACCUAAUUGCUGGGCGCUUCCAUUAGUAACACUGACGAGUAUAGCUGUUGCUCUUCCCAAUAUAAAGCCUUGCUCUUUAAAGAAGUUAGUGAAGGCUGUAAACGAGGCAUUGGUCUAUGUGAAGAAGUUUGAAGACGUCUUAGACAUUGAUAGAGAGUUAGCUAAUAGCAGGAAAGCUGCUGAAGUGGUUUGGUUAGGAGUUGAUCUCUACCAUAAGUGGCUCAACGUGGAUCUUCGAAAACUAUCCAAACAACAAAAAACAACAACGCAAGUUCUUAAAGAGAUAGUGGAUAUAGCUAAGAAAGAGUUUAUAGAGUCAUGGCAGAAGAACUUGAUAUAUUGCAUGAAGCAUAAGCCUUCACAUUGGCCCAUCAAGACUAUAGCUGCUAACUCAAUGUACCGAAUCAGCCAAACGCUUUUGAACAAGUACGAGUCGAGAGAUGUUGGAACAGAGGAGACUCUGUUGAAAGAUGUGGAGGGAAUGGUAUCGGAUAUAGUAGCAGGAUGCUUUUGCAACGCGGCACAGGUGAUAGGAAUGAAGUGUUUGGUGACGGCGGUGGAAGUGAGAGAAGCGUCGGUGAGGGAAGCUGCAAUGCAUCUAGGGAGAACGGAGAAGAUACUUGAGAUUGUGGACAGGAGAUGCAUGCCUGCUUUGUCACAUCACGAAGUGGCUAAGAUUGAUGAGUGGAGAGAGUUUUAUAGGAGUAAUAGAUGCAUCUCUUUGACUCGUCCUUCCUCUCAAUGUACCACUCGUGAACUCAUUCUCAACCUUGAGUAACACUUAAAUGUCAAAGUCUAUAAGGAGUUGAGUUACCCUUCUGUACAUAUGGAAAUGAAC